AUGCUGACCAUGGCCGCUGUAACGGAUGCCUGUGACAUCUUCAAGCUGAUCAAUGAUGGCUAUGUGGUGGAUGUGCUGCCAUGCAAAGGCAGCGGGGAACAGAACCAAGAGGGCCAGGCUUGCGCCUUGCAGCUGGCGUGGAGAAGGCACAUGGGUGCCGCCAUCGCUUUGCCUGCACUUCUUGGGAUGGGUGCGCAGGUGGCUGUUGCGUGGGCUUCUGAAGAUUGGUGGGCUGAGAUUCUGUUGGGAUAUGCCUGUUUGACAUCUCUGUGGUUCAGUAUUGCACUGGCAGCUUGGAAGCUUUGCCGCAAGCGGUUGCUGCUGUCUCGUGGAGAUGUGCCAGGCUCCGAUGGAAGCUUCGAUAUUUGCUGUGGCAGCGGAUUUAUCAGGCCCGCUGAGUCAGUCAGCAGACCCUUUGGCAGCACAAGGCGGCAGUUUUUUGGUAGCCUGAAGCGGUCGCUCAUCACAAGCAACAUCGAGGAACAGGCGAAUCCGAUCUUCAGCUGCUUGAGGCAUGGACUCAUCAAGCUGAUUUGCGUAACACUAGCCCUCGCUUCAAUGGUUCUAGCUGCUUGCACAUGCGAUUUGCUCCCGAUCAACGACGAAAAUUUCAACAUACCCCAAAUCCAGUACAAUGUCUCGCAGCAUGUUGUGGCGCUCAUUGUGGUGCUGGAGAUUUGGCUCUUCAAUCGUGUUUUCAGGGUGCUCUCCUUGACAAUGACGAGAUGGGAAAACCACAAGUUGAGAUCCGAUUUCGUGCACGCUUAUCACUUGAAGGCUGUGAGCCUUCAAUUAAUUAAUUCGUAUGCAUCUCUCUUCUACAUCGCCUUUUAUCCAGACUCAUUGAAGAUGUUUGAAGUCUCGUACACCUGCUCCUAUGCCAAUGGCUGGUGGAACCAUUGGGGCAACGCGUGCCGGAUGGCGCGACUCAACAAGCAGCUGACGACCAUCCUUGCAGCCUUUUGUUUGAAGGUGGCGUUCCGUUGCGUGGCUCUCCUGUUGUUCUCACCGACGAAGAAAGCCAGUCAGUCGCUGCCCGAAAGGAGCUCUGAUAUUUUGGACCUGGACCACGUCAUGUCGGCGCCAAGGUUUGGAGAUCCAGAAACUGAUUUGAACGUGGUGCCUUCUUGCUGCUUUAGUGCAGCAUCUGAGGUGAUCAUCGUUCUUGGCAUGUUCUUGCUCUUCUUACCAGCGUCUCCAUGGACCGGGCUUUUGACCUUCAUCUUUCUGCAGCUUUCAAACCUGGCCUUGGCUCGAAGCCGCCGUGGGAUCCCAUGGCGUGCAGGGCAUCCUUUUUGUCACAGCGCAGAUUUGCUCGAAGCCAGUGACCGUCUCGCGGGGACAGCAAUCCAAGCAAUCUCUUGGCUCGCCAUGCUCAGCAUGGCAGCUCUUUUGGUUUGGCCAGCCCAACUUGGCUGGGGCCGACUGAAUGCUGUCCUCCUCAUCAAUGAGGGCUCCGACUUGGCGCCUUGGGGCGUGUCUUGCGCCUUGCUGCUGGUUUGUCGCUUUUUGCCUGGACGAUUUGUUCAAUGCACUCCUACUGCAGCCAGGCUGCGCACCGCUGAAACACGGCUGUGUCGGGCAAUGCAAAAAGCAAGGCAGGAUGGUACUGCAGCUCCUUCAAUUAGAAGUGUUCGCGGGAGGCCGCAACUGGGCACAGACUUUCGAGUGAGGACGCCCCAGCAAUGGGAAGAGCUGAGUGCAAAGUUCACUUAG